AUGUCACUCUGUUUGUUGGAUUACAGCCGAAGCAAAAACAUAGAGGCAGUUUUCAGAAAGAGUGGGAAAAGGAUUAUUCCUUCGGUGGUGUUGCCAAAUGAGGAAGAAAUUUGCUCCACUAAGUCAUGGCUCAGCAAAUGGAGCCUGAAAAAGCUAAAAUUAGAUUUGCCCACUGUCGUUUUUGGGCCCGGGAGCGUCCAUCGGAAGGAGAGAGUGGAAUCGUUGCACAAGAAAGUUUCGGCAAAAUAUUGUGACAUUUUCCCAAGUGUAGAAAUGCAAGGGAUGGUGAAACAUCUGCAGAUUCAACCCAAGGAUUUGGAUGACUACAUCGAACAGAUGGAGAGAGUGUUGCGAUGCUAUGUCCGAAGACUACAGUGGCUUCUCUCGGGCAGCCGCCGAUUCUUUGGGGUCAUCUUGGAAGCCAAAGUUUGCAUUCUCAUCGACACAUCUGGUUCCAUGGAGCUCUCCUUGGGUCUGGUUGCUAAAGAGCUCACCUCCCUUAUCUGGGAACAGCUGAGGAAGAAGGCCACCAAGUUCAACCUCAUCGCUUUUGCAGAAGAGGUCCAACUUUGGCAGGAGUGCCUUGUGGAGGCCACCGAUGAAAUGUGCCACGAGGCUGCCCAGUGGGUGUCCCUCUUUCAGGCUCAUGGGAAUACAUCCAUUCUGAAGGCUUUACAGAGAGCACUUAGUCUAGAAAAUGUAGAAGCCCUGUACAUUUUGACCGAUGGAAAACCUGACACCAGUUGCAACUUAAUUCUCAAAGAAAUCGAAGCACUUACGAAGAGUCACGCCGUUAGCAUCCACACCAUUUCUUUCAAUUGCACAGACAGAGGGGCCAAUGACUUUCUCAAGAAACUCGCCUUCCAGACCGGUGGACGCUACCAUCGUUGCCAUGGAGAUGUGGAUGGACAGUUGGCCGCACACCAACUGCUUUCGCAAGGCUUUAAAGAUGAAGAGGAUCCUGUUUUCCCCUUGUUCGAAGGAGACGAUUUGAAGAAGCUUGUCGAAGAAAUAGACAAAGCCAGGAAAUAUUUAACACAGGCAAAGAUAUUUAGAUCACUUUUAGAAAAGAAGAAGAGCCAUCCCCCUUAAUACAAUUGCUUCCAGGUAGAAUGUACAUAUGUUUGCUUGUUGAUCUUUUGUGCUGAAUAGCUGGGUGUUUUUUCAGAAAGAUAUCUACUCCAAAUAUGUGAAAACUGUCAAAAACAC